ACUACGCACCGCACGCCAACUUGGACCACCGAAUUUCGUGAAGAGAACACGGACACCGGCCCGCAUCAGUAUACAGUUGAAUUUGGCAUCGAAAACACGUUCCUAGUGAGUAAAGUUCCGAGACACGGCAUUUUAGUUGUGCGCUGUUACCGCUAAAAUUUAACCUUACAAUGACAACGUGUGUUAUAAUUUUGUGUACGGACUGUCGUAUUUAUAAACAAUAAUGGGCUAAAACGAUUGGCGUUAUAGUUUUUUAUUUAUUUUUUCAUUAUUUUCCUUAAUUUUGAAGUGAUAUGCGAGUAUCAAUCAAAAGCAGUUAUGUUUACUACAUUUUAAAUGUUAUACCACCGGGACUAAGAACUUUUGAAAUGUUAUGACAUUUAUAAAGUGACUGUUGUAUUUUUUUGUUUUAUAAACUUUUUUGUGUUUUAUUAAAAACUGUUUUAAAAGUGCAAUGGCUAGUAGCAGUGGCGUUCAACAACAAUUUAUGCAGCAAAUGAACAGUCCGUUUCACUGCAAAGAAUGUGGCAUUUCUCUCAACUCAGCCGAAUCAUUAGAGGUACAUCUUCAGUAUCACAAAGAAAAUUUGUUGAAGAAUUGGGCAGUGCAGGCACAAUCAUCGCAUUCGGAAGAGACCAACAACAACACCAAGACAAACAUAAAACGUGAGUUGAUUUCUAAUAAUACUAUUGCUGCUGCUGAUAGUUCUGACUCGAUGCAAAAAAAGAGUCCUGAUUAUAGUAGAGCUACCCCAGAAACUAUUUUUGGUCAUCCACCCACUCCCCAAAGUUACCAAAGUGCAUCUUCACCUUAUCAAAAUCAAGAUAAUUCUACUUUUUCAACAAACUUUCAAAGCUAUCCUGUCAAAUUAGAACGUAGUUCUCCCACACCCCAAUAUCAAAAUAAUUAUUCAAACUAUCCGGAACAACAAUAUUUUUCAAUGGACUCUUCAAGUCAAGGCCAACAAUUUAAUCAAGAAUCCUUUGUCCACAAAUCUGCGUACAGGUAUCACCCGUACAAUCAAAACCAGUCUCAAAACAGCCCUUACGACAGGCAGGCACAGGUGUCUUCGUCAAGCCCUGCUUACCCUCCUCAACCAACCCCCUCACCGAGCCCCAAACAAUGCGAUAAGUGUGGCUAUGUAUGUGAAUCCGCUUCACAAUUAAUCGAGCAUUUAAAUAUGGCUCACCCCUCGACCCCUGCAUCACAUCUUGUUCCCUAUCAGUCAAAUCAGCAUUUCAUGUUUGAUCACACUGUAAUUAAACAGGAAGAUCCAGCCCAAAGUGAAAUUUUAGAUUUAGAUUCACAUAAAGUCGUACAUAAUGUAUAUCCAGACGAAGAAAAACGUCAAAAUGGUGAUCCAAACCCUCAUUCCGUCUCGGCUAUGCUUAAUUCUUGGCCAUCCCCUCAACAGACUCCCCAACAAAAAAUUUUUCAACAGCAAGAGCAACGUAUGUUUCCUAAUUCUGAGUCUAAAAUGUUCUCUCAAAACAUUCCUGACAACAUUCCAGAAAAUAAAAUUUUUCAAUCGGAACAAAAAUUGUUCCAACCUCAUCAGAUGCACAGCCAGGAGUUUCUGGGUAACAAUGUUACUACUACUUCUCAGGAGUCUGUAUCGAAUGGUAUAAAUCAACCACCCCAAGCUUAUAGACCGUUUGAACAUAUGACAUCACCUCCAAAUACAGCUGUCAUCUCUAGUACACAAGUUCCUACAAAUCCAGUGCCUCCUCCAGCUCCUAUGGGUAAAGGGGCUAACUGGAAGUCGAAUGAAGCUAGAAGACCUAAAACUUACAACUGCACGGCUUGCAACAAGUGGUUUACUAGUUCUGGUCAUCUGAAACGGCAUUAUAAUACCACUUUGCACAAAAAUGCUGUAAAAUCCAGCGGCCAACCAGAUCCGGCAUCUUUGCCAAUUAGUGCUCAUCACCAUCCCGCCAGAGAACCCUCAUCGAAGCAAGACGAACGUCCUCAGUCGAGUAGUUCCGGAGAUGAGAUUCGCAAUGAAGACAACAACAGUAUGCCGCAAUAUGAGAGACUGGGUCCAAUGUCAGGUAUGAGUGGGCCGUAUGAUCGACAACCUCCUCCAAGUGUUCAUCAUACGCCUCCACUACAUUCUCCGAUGCCUCAUUCACCUAUACCUCAUUCGCCGAUGCCUCAACAUCCCAGCCCGCUGGGAAAUCACCUUGGGAAUCCAAAUUUAUCGAAUGGGAGUCCCCCAAACGGGGAUGCAGGUCCCUCAACCACCAACCUGGGGGGCCUGCUAUCACUGACCUCUCCCCCAAUCAAUACGGGCAAUACCCCCCAUGGGUUCAAUAUGCCUCCUCAGCAUAUGAUGUCAAUGGAGAACAAUCAAUUUCAGAUGUACCCAAACGAGCUUGCCCCCCACGUUAUGCCGGCUAUGGCUACCAACAACCUCAGUACUACUGGUGAAUACCAGUUCGUUCUGCAACAACGCCUAGUCGAAGAAAAUCAGCCCUUACCGAGUUUUGCGCAAAUUCAAGCGCAUAGGUUUAAUGUUAUCGGGUAUGAAACAGCUAACGUGGGGGGCAGGGGUUCGGUAACGACCCCUUACACAACUUACUACGAAACGGAUAUUUCAGAUAUGAGGCCUGUGCUUUACAGAGAAACCGACUACAAAUUAACCGUUGUUACUCCUUUAGAGUCACCAACACAUCAAGAAUACAUCCUUGGUUAUCCUUCCGAUGAACACCUCCACGACCACGAAGAAGAUUUGAGCAUGAUUUCAAUGACUUCAGAACAUGAAUCUAAAAUUAUGGAAGAGAAUAAAAUGCAAAUUAUGGAGGACAUCAAACUUCGGUUAGAAGCCCAACCAAAAAGUCCAGAAAAGGCACACACUAAGAGGGAUUAUGAAGAAAAUAGCAUCCCAUUGAUAACUUCCACUAGCAAACCUGGUUUACACAAAUGCUACGAUUGUGAUAAAGUUUUUAACAAAGCUUGUUAUCUUACUCAGCAUAAUAAAACUUUCCACAGUGGGGAUAAGCCUUUCAAAUGUUCGAGGUGUGGUAAGCGAUUCUCAUGUGAAGUCACAUAUCAAGAACAUCUCACGAAGCACGCAGGUGACAAACCUCAUAAAUGUGAGCUUUGUCCGAAACAGUUCAACCACAAGACGGACCUGAGAAGGCACAUGUGUCUCCAUACUGGCCAGAAACCCUAUGCUUGCGAAACCUGUGGCAAGGGUUUCAUUCGAAAAGACCACAUGAUGAAGCAUUGUGAGACCCACAUCAGGAAGACACAGUCCAAAAUUGCUGCUAUCCGUUGAUGAAGCACUUUGUGUACGUAGAAAUUUAUUGUUUUUGUCAUUUUGGCACUUUUCUACUUAAAUGUAAACUCUAUUUAAAGAAUAUUUUAUUAGAUUUUGUAAAUAUUUAUUUUAUAUUUUUAUUUUAUGAAUAACAAAACGGAGACAAAACAGAGUAAAUAUUUAAUUUGUUGCUUAUUUUUAAAAAAUACUUAAUUUUUUUAUUUAAUUCAGCUACUUAUUACAUUCAGUCUCAUUUCUUGGCCACUUAUUUUAUUUUCAGAUUUUAGCUAGUGAUUAAACAAAAUGAAAACUGAUAGUUUCGGUAGUAAUGUAUCUUUCUCAAAUGAAUUGUGCUAAUAAUUAUUAUUUGUAUACUCUAAUAUUUUUUUAGUAUUCGAAUUAACCAUUUUAAUGUAUUUUAACAAAAUAUUAAGGGAAUAUGCGAGUAUUAAGUAUAAGGCUAUAAUACAGUUUUAUUUCUUCUUUUUAAAUAAACUUACAGUGUGUCCAAAGUCGGCACCAUAUCGAAAACUUUUUUAUUUCUAGUUUCAUGAAAAAAAUUCUUUAUAAAAACUUCUGCAUGCUCUGAAACUUAAAAUACAAUCAUCAACUAUUUAAAUUUUUUCAUCCAUAUACGAGGUGUGUAAAAAAAUAUAAACAUAAAUUCAUAUUUUCUGACAAACCGCGCAUAUGACUAAAAAUUUUUUAUUUCUGAUGAUUGCUUUCUAGGUUUAAGAUCAUUCAGAAAUUUUUAUAAAGACUAACAUUUUUUCAUAGAAUUAAAAAUUAAAUAGUUUUUCAUUGUCUCAAGUUUGCACCAUAACAAAAUGGAAAACUUUUUUAUUUUUAGUUAAAAAAAUAUUUGUCUUUAUAAAAAGUUCUGAAUGAUCUAAAACCUAGAAUACAAUCAUCAGAUAUGAAAUUUUUCCAUCAUAUUUUCCAUAUUUACAGUUUAUUAAAAAAUUAAUAUCUGAUGAUGGUUACUAGGGUUUUAAUCAUUCAGAACUUUUUAAAAAGAAUAAUUUUUUUUAUAAAACUAAAAAUAAAAAAGUUUUCCAUAUGGUGCAGACCUUAAUUGGACACGAUGGGAAACUUUUUUAUUUUUAAUUUGAUAAAAAAAAAAGUUACAGAAACUUCUUCAUGAUCUAAAACCGAAAAUACAGUCAUCAUCUAUUAAAUUUUUUCAGCCAUAUACGAGGUGUGUCAAAAAAUAUAAACAGAAAAUUCAUAUUUUCUGGCAAACCGCGUAUAUGACUAAAAAAUUUAAUUUUUGAUGAUUACAUUCUAGGUUUAAGAUAAAGGAUUACUUUUUUUCAUAGAAUUAAAAAAAAAGUUUCCCAUUGUCUCAAGUCUGCAUCAUAAUAAUAUGGAAAACUUUUUUUUAGUUUAAAAAAAAUUAUUCUUUAAAGAAAUUUCUAAAUGAUCUAAAACCUAGAAUACAAUCAUCAGAUAUUAAAUUUUUUCGGUCAUAUUUUACAUAUUUACCAAAUUUAAUAAAGAAAUUAAUAUCUGAUGAUGGUAUACUAGGUUUUUGAUCAUUCAGAAGUUUUUAUAAAGAAUAAUUUUUUUUCUAAAACUAAAAAUAUAAAAGUUUUCCAUAUGGUGCAGAUUUAAUUGCAUACAAUGGGAAACUUCUUAAUUUUAUGAAAAAAAGUUAUUCUUUAUAAAAACUUAGCAUGAUCUAAAACCCAAAAUACGAUCAUCAACUCUAUUGAAUUUUUUUAGUCAUAUACGGGGUGUGUCAAAAAAUAUGAACACAAAAUUAAUAUUUUCUCUCAAACCGCGUAUAUGACUAAAACAAUUUAAUUCCAAAAAUCAUUCCUCAUAACUUUUUAUAAAGAAUAACUUUUUUUCAUAAAAAAAAUAAAAGUUUCUCCAUUGUCUCCAAUUAAGUCUGCCAUAUGGAAAAUUCUUUCAGUACGGAUCAAUUGGGAUAUGGAGAACAAGCCUACGUUCUUUCCGAUGAGGCUCCAAUAAGAGCCGAAAAUCGCGAUUCAAGGGACUGGACUGUGCUCCGUAUUCUAAUUGAAAAGUAAGAUUGUUUUGCCUUCGCAUUGCAACUGAAUUAAAAAUAAAAAUUUUAUUUUAUUUUUAUAUUGGUCUUUACUCCUUCGAGUAACUAGGUCCAUUUUCUGUUGGAAUUUACCAGCUGAACAGACGGGGUCGUGAUUUGUAAGUUUUUUGAAUUCCCUCUUGUCUUCUUCGCUUCAGCAUCCAUUUGGCUUGCAAAUUUUAGAAGCCUUGGAGGUGUUACCAAGGAAAUGGACCAAUAAGUUUUCGAUUUAAAAAUCUUUUAGUAAUAUUUUAAUAUUUUCUAAAUAUUAUUAAUAAUGCUAUUAGGAUCGAAAACUUCAUCUUUUAUUUUUAGUUUUAUGAAAAAAAAUUAUUCUUUAUAAAAAGUUCUGAAUGAUCCAAAACCUAGUAUACUAUCAUCAGAUGUUAAUUUUUAAUAAACAGCGUAUACGACGGAAAAAAUUUAAUAUCUGAUGAUUGUAUUGUAGGUUUUAAAUCAUUCAGAACUUUUUAUAAAGAAUAACUUUUUUCCAUAACAAUAAAAAAUGUUCCAUAUGGUGCCAACUUAAUUUGACAUACCUACUGUAUACUCUAGUGCAGCGGUUCUCAAUCUGUGGUACAUGUAUCACUGGUGGUACAUAUUAUAUCAUUAUUUGCGAUGGUACACAAAACGCAAAAUCAGCAACAAUAUUAUAGUUAAUUAGAUUACCUCAUCAUCAUCAAUGGCGCUUCAACUCUUCGUGAGUCUUUGCCGCAUUUACUAUUGCCUUCCAUGUUUGUCGGGCCUGUGCCACAAUUAGAUUACCUAGCUAUACUAAACUCACAACCAAGAUGCAGUAGAAAUAAACAAACCAAGACACUUCAAUGUUACGGGGAGCACUCCGAAAUUAUGAUUUUCAAUGUAUAUACGUUGUAUAAAUCUCAAAUCAUGAUUUACAAAUUUUAUACAUUGUAAAUCAUGAUUCGAGAGUGUUCCUCUUAAUAUUGAAGUGUCUUCGUUUGUUUAUUUCUACUGCAUCUUGUGAAUUUAGUUUAUAGAUAAUUAUUUCAGUUAGGUGGUACCAAAAAUAAUAAAAAGUUUUUUGUGGUACAUGACUAAAAAAGAUUGAAAACCGCUGCUCUAGUGUGCGCUCUCUAAAGAGAGUUAUUUUGCAGUCUGAACAAUAUGUACAAAUCACCAAUAUUCUUCUUUAUUCCAGGAAUUAGAUAUGUGUCACAUGUUCAUGUAUCAAGCCAAUAAUUUGAUACAAAAUCACUCUUUUAAAUUUAUUCCCUAAUAAACCAUAUUAUGCCAAGCAAAGUGUUUACUCCAGAAAAAUGCAUUAUUACUAACACACAUUAUGAACCGGUUAACAGAUUUUUUUAUAAUAUAAAAGCAUAUUAUUUAUAUGAGCAUAUUAUGCUCAUAUUAAUAUAUUUGUAUAACUGGUAAGCUACUCUCCUUUUUUUUCAGUGAUUAUUUAGUUGAUGUUAAUAUUUAUUUAGAUAUUUUACUGAAAUAAGCAACAUAUUAAGGGCAAAUCCUCGCAAAUUUGGAAAAUUUUCCCUCUGUAUAUUUUGAUUUUGAAACUUCGACAUUUCAAAUGGAUAAGUUAGAAUUUAUAACAAAAAAGUGUUAAUCCGAACAGUUUAUCUAUUUCAGUGAAAAACAUGUAUUCUUUCUUCUAAAAUUUGAAGGAUUGGCUCUGUAAAAAUUCAAAGAAAGAAUUGCUCAAAUGUUUAUUUUAUAGUGUCCGAUAAUAAUCAAUACUCAGAACAGCAAUACCUCAGAAUCUCAGUUAUUAAAUAUAGAUAUAAAAUAUUUAUAUCAGAUUUUAUUAUAAAAAUCUUGUGGAUGUACAAACUCUAGAAUCAGGUUAAAAUGUAUAAAUUUUAAAUAACUAGAGCAACACUUUUUGUUUUUCAGUUGAUGAUAAAUAUAUCAUACCAGUUUUCUUGUUCUUCCUUUCAAUAUAAUAAACCAAUAUAACAGAAAGAAAAGUCAGGUCACACAAUAUCUUAGUGACAAUGUAACAUUUUUUUAGAUAUACAUACUCAUUUUCCAAACUCAGUUGAAACCUUUUUUUGAUGUAAAAAUCUUUCCAAUUGAGUUUGGAAACAUUUUUUUUCUUUAAUUUGUCAGGUACCUAUGUAAUCAGAUAUAUUUUAUUUCCUAUUAACUAAAUAAUGUCAAAAAUGAACAAUAAUUCUUUUUACUUUGAUUUCACUACGUAUCACUACUAACUGUCUAUUUGUAUUAUUUUUUUAUCUAUAACUAUCUAUCAAUCAUCAGUUACUGAGGUACAUCCUUUUUAUAAAAUUUGUUUUUCCCUGUUAUCUAAUUUUUGUCUUACAUAAUAUCUUCUCUUUGGUCUUAUAUCUUCUUAUAUACCUACCUACAUAUUAUCUAACCAACAAAUGUUUACAGUUGUUUUAAUUGCUCUAUUUCCUUUGUUACAUUGUUUUGACUUAAUAAUUGGUCACUGAGUCUUGUUCACGUAUUCUCAAAUAUUCCUUUAAAAUUUAAAGGAAUUUUUUGGAAUUGUGCUUUACCUUUAAUACUCUUUUUACUAAAAGAGUUUUUCUACAAUUGGGUUCAUUUUCAAGAUCAGCAUCAAUACCGAGUAGAUACCUUUAUCGUUAUUGUCAUAAUUUUUCUGUAAAUUCUUAAUUUUUUAAUUUUUCUAUUUUAUUCCUGUUUUUGAAGCUUCUUUAUCAUUUUUCUUGUUGCAAUGAUUUUAUCAUUAUGCAUUUGCCUUACUUUUAUUCAUAUUUUAUGCAACUUUUCUUCAUCUUUGUUUAAUAUUUGCAAGAACUAUGUAUGUCAAAUACAUCGUCGGCCUCAUAUGAAAAGUGCCCAAGUCCAAAUUAACAAAUUUUACAGGAGACGCAGAAAACUGAUUUAAAGAACCAUUGAAAGAAUUAGUUUGUAGAAUUAUUUUUUGUGGUUCUAGCGACAUCUAUUGACUUUUUUGAACUUUUUUGUCUUGCUAUGCAUACGUACCAUAAAUAUUAGGUAUGUUGGCGCAAAAAUCUCAUGUUUGCUUAUUUUGGGACUUAGGCACUUUUCAAUAUGAGGCCGACGACAUGUUGUUUUAACGUAUUAUCUUUGCUUCUUGUAUGAACUUUAAAUUAAUGAAUUUUCUAAAUAUCGUUUUAUACUAACUACAGAAUUUUAGUCUUACAUUUGUAAACUUUGGAAUAUUAUUUAGGAAAUAGCAAACUUGGUAAUUUUUAAUUUUCAUCAACUGAAAGAUUGAUUUUUAACUACAGGGUGAAAUUUUAUGACAUUAACAAUUUGAAAUAUUAUUUUGACCAAAACCUAGCUCUUAUACUAUUUAAUGGUGCAAUAAGUUUUGAAUAAUUUACUCUUUUCAAGCUCUCUAAUUGAAAUAACAUAAUAAAUGUUUUCGUGUAUGGAAACUUUUUACUAUUUGGGGAGGAACAUUGUUCAUCCAGGAUUGGCUUAUCGAAAGCAGACACAUUAGUAGUAGAAACAGUCUUACAAAUUUGUAAUGCCAUUUUAAUUUUUUCUAGAUACAAAAAGUUUACAGAAUUUGUGAUUUCAAUCCUUUGUGUUUCCUUUGUGUCUAUGUUCUAACAAAUACAUACCAAUUUUUCUUGAUGACAACAAGAAUAAUCAUGAUCGUCAGAAUAAGUUUUAGGUAAUCAUUUAUUCAUACAAAACAUAUUUUUAUACAAAGAAUACUUACUGCGUUUCAUUUGUAUGAGUAGCUGCCUUUAUCGAGAAUCCUUUUAUGGAUAUUAUCAAAUGGUGUAACAGGGUGACCAGUCAAUAUUUAUCAUUUUGCUAUUCAAGUGAUAAAUUCACCAAAAAUUUUAAGUAAUGCUGGAUUUUUUUGCUUUUUUAUAAUAAAAUGAUAUUUUCAGGAAAAUUUUCACCCUGUAUAACUGAAAGUAAUAAUAUGCAAUAAUGUUAACAACGCAAGUUUUUGAUAUUUGUUUCUUUUCUAUAAGAUGUAAUAAAAAAUGUGAGUAAUUGUGUACAUAUUCUACCGUUGACGUUUAGAUGAUAUUUGAUUUUUCCAUAUGACAAAUCUACCUCAGUUUUUGAUGAAUUUAUGUGCCAAUUUUAAAUUUUAAGUUUCACGCCACAGUUGGCGAUUCUUAGACAAUUUUAUGUGCCAAAUAUUUCGCAAGCAAAACGUUGCUAUAUUUUUUAUAAAAGUAUGCCAAUUUUUUGCCAAGUGGGCACAUGUAUCCUAGCAGGAUGUCCUAAAAUCGAUGACAGCCCAGAAAUUUCAUCCGGCUCGGGAUUGUGGCAAUCCACAGAAAAAUACAUGUUCGUUACACUUUAGUGAUUGUUUCGAACUUUAUAUUAUAGCAUUUAUUUGAGGAUUUCACAUUUUUUAUAGAUAUCACAUGAGAGAUUAUGUGAUGUCUUUUUAAAAUUUCUGAAGUUACCUUUCAAAAGCCAAUUUUUAGCGCCAAAGAACUUUGUGUAUUAUAAAACUUAUUUUGUUUGCGUUACCUCCAUAGGUGGGUACUCCAUUUCGUACUGUAAGGGGUUAUCCUAGUGUAAAAGUACGAAAUUCAUAUACUUUUUUUAGGAAUUUCUAAAAUAAAAAGUACUAUACCAAUUGUUUUGAAAAUUUGCAUAAUCUUUUACUAUAAACAGAAGUACAUGUAAAACAAUUUUCAUAAAAAAAUAUUGAAAAUUAAACGAUUUAUACGCCAUCUACUGGCACCGUGAAAAUAAAAACAUGGCUCCACUGCUGCAGUGAUUGGGACUAAUCGAGAUCCUGAAGCAUAAAAUUUUAAAGUGAUUAUUGAAAUAUAAGUUAUUUCAUAUACAUACCAUCAACUAGGAUUUUUGAAAAAUAUUAAAAUUUGGAAAUAUGACUAAGUGUUGAACAUUUUUUUUUAAAUUAGCUAAAAUAUUUUCAUUUUCAAAAGCCGCCAAAUUGAAAUUUUUUAUCCGAUCAAAAAAUAUCUAGUUGAUGGUACAGAAAAAAAAACUUAUAUUUCAAUAAUGACUGAAAUUUUAUGUUUCAGGAUUUCUAUUUAUUAGUCCCAAUCACUGCAGCAGCACAGCUAUGUGUUUAUUUUCCCGGACACGCGCCAACUCGUAACUUUUAAUGACAAUUUUCAAAUCAAAAUGUACACCGGCCAAUUCGUAACUUUUUUUUUGCCUGGCCUGCCAACCCGAAACUUUCUUCGUGAAUUCGAAACCAUUGAUUAAAUCUAAUACCUUAAAUCUAAACCGAAUGUUUCUUGGUUUGCUUAAAAACAUUAUAUUUGUACUAUAUGUACCUAUAAAAAAUAGCAAAAAUUGAAAUAUCUUAAUAAAAUAAUUGAAACAUUAUUAUACUGUUUCAUUAACACGUGUUAAAAUAUUAUUUCCAUCAAGUAUAGCUCUACACGAGCUUGGUUUUAAUCAAGUAAUUGUAAAUUUAAUAUUUUUUAGAUGUUUAGCAAUGAUAAAUUAUUUAAAUCCAUCUGAUAAUUUAAAAGCAAAGAGAUUUUCCAUAUGUUUAUUUCAAGUCUAAAAGAUUAUACCUUUAUUUAGUUACGAAUUCACCGGUAGUUGAUCGGUUACCGAAAAAUUACCUGAGAGGGUCAGAGUUACCAAUUGGCCUGUAAUUAGGAUGGGGGAUUAAAAUAGUUACGAAUUCACCGGGACCCAUUUUCCCAAUUCUUUUUAUAAUAAAUGCUCAUGCAAAUUUUCAAAACAAUUGUUACAGUACUUUUUAUUUUAGAAAUUCCCAAAAAAAGUAUAUGAAUUUCGUACUUUUACACUAGGGCCCCUUGAUUAAAUUUGUGUUUUUUGCACAAAUUUUCACUGUCUGAUCUAGGUCUGGCUGGCAUGUUCACACUGAUUCUAGAUGGUUUAAAGAUCAUAAUAUGCAAGUCUCUAUAUAUUUUUGGUGAAUAUUUAAGUUUUUCACCAUGAGAUUUAUACAAAGAAUUUUUAUUACUAUUAAGUUGUAAUAUUGUAAAAUUAUUCUUUGGCCUUUGCUCAAUUCUCAUUUCAGAUAGUUCUCUAGAUUCUGUGGACCUCAACUUUGUUAUUGCUUUAGUUCAUUUAGUUAUAUAUUAUUUUAUAACCACUUUAGCAGGACUUGUACUCAGAAAUUAAAUAUUGUGGCGUUUUUCUUUAGGGAGCAAUGAAAGGACCUCAAAUACUUGUUCAAAUGUACAAUAGAAAUUGUUUUGGAAUUAUUUUUUGCCUAUUUAUUCUGUGGUAUGUCAAGAUCCUGACUGCUUUUUAGUUCAGCAGGAAUAGGACCAAUCAUUUUAAGUAAUAAUUGUUCGAUGUUAAUAUAUUCCUGCGGAACUGUUAAUAAUUGAUAACUUUAAUCUUUUCUUUAAAAAAGCAUAAGUAAAUAUUUUUAUAUACCAUGUAUAUUUUAUUUAUUUUAUUAAAGUGGCAUAAAGUUUUAUAUUUAGUUAAGAUAGUUAGGUAUAAAAAUAUAAAUACUAUGGGUAGCAAUAAACUUUUUAUUAAAUUUUUAUAAACAAUGCUGGUCAGUCGACUUUUGAGGCAUCUUGUAUACUUAGUGCAAUUUUAAAUAUUUUUUAACAUCAGUUUCGAAGGUUGUUUUGCGUUACGAGUUACCAAUGUUUGUAUGCAAAAGGAUAUAGUUAACGAUCAAAGAUUCCUUAACAAAUAACCACUCCAGUGUAGUAAAACAUAUUGAAUUGCAUUCCACAUGCUAAUAAAUAUCACAUACUUAUUUUGUUCAAAAAUCUAUUAUAACAGCACUAUACAGGCCAUAGAGGCCCUUGGCUUCCAUAGUCUUGAUUAGCUUUUUCUACUUUCUCCAUUCCUUCACUUGUUCUCUCCAGUCUCUUGUAUCCAUUUCUUCUAUGUCAGUCCGGACGACUUCAAACCACUUCCUUCGUGGGCUUCCUCUUCUUUUCCUCCCUUGUUCUCCUGCUUGCAAAACUCUUAGGACGUUUCUUUCUUAUGGCAUUCGUGAAAUAUGUCCCACCCAUCUAACUCUUUACGCCUUGAAUUUUAUGUGUUAUUUUAGGUCUCAUAUACAUCUCCAUUAGCUACUGGUUUGUUCUUCUGCACCAUUUCCCUUUAGCCUCUUUUAUUCCACCAAAAACUUUUCUCAAGGUUUUCCUCUCACAAAUCUCUACCUUUUUUUCUUCUUUCUGAUUUAUUGUCCAAGUUUCACGUGCAUGCAACGCCAAGUUCGAAUCUUGGCUGCCUCGACACGUUUUUGCCUUCAUCGGUGCGUUUAAUGAUCCUACUGCUUUGUUUUCUUUCAACAACCGUUUAUCUUUUUCUUUCUCUUCAUCUCCUCUGUUUGUAACUGUUACUCCAAGGUACUCAGAUUCAGUUACCGUCUCAAAUUUAUACUCGUGUCAUUCGUCCUUAGAUAGUGCUUAGAGAGUCCUUAUUUUUUUCUACAUUUUCCCCUCUCAUUUCCAUAUACUUAGUUAUUUCUUGGUUUAUAGUCAGGCCAUAUUUUUUAGACUCUUCAAAUUUUAUGAACAUUUUCGAAGUUCUAUUCUUGAACGUGUCAGAAACACUAAGUCAUCUGCAAAACCUAUGCACUAUUGUCUUUUGUUCAGAAUUGUGCCAAAAAUGGUUCAGAAUCGUGCUAUUAAAAAUCUAAUUUAUUCUAAUAUUUUUCAAAAAAAUGCAUAUGUAGCUGUCUAUAAUGUUCUUACGGCUUUAUAGAUCCACAACACACUGUUUCUUUUUAAUGUUGGUUUGCUUUUUCCUUGAAAAAGGUGUAUUUUAGCUUAACACCAAAACAAUUAACACUACAAUUUAAAACCUUUCUAUGUUCUUUUUCACUCGCAAAUUAAUUAAGUUCCCUUUGGUUUUAGCCUGCCAUAUCACUCCAACUGUAUUUUUGGACUUCUUCACUUUGGAAGAAACUCCUUCCAAAAGAAAAAUUGGUACGAUUUACUUCAUUUCCUUUCGAACCUUUUCUCGGUUCACAAUAUUUUUGUUAUCCCUAUUUCUAGAAUGUACAUCAAUUUUCAAGUUUAGAAUAUACAGAUAUUCCUUCCAUCUUCCAUAUAAAUGACCAUAUAUUAUGAUAUAGACACUAAUAAUAAAUAUGUAACUGUAAUAACAUUUUUAGUCUACAAGGGAGCAAGGUUUCAGUAUCUAUUGCAAAAUAUUUCAUUGGUAUAUCAAGUUUCUCUCUGAAAUAUGGUUCUCUUUGCCAACUAAAAUAAACAGUCUUAUCUUCUGUGUACUUAUGCGAUAUAUUCUUUGUGCAAUGAUCUACUAUUGAUAAAUACUUGUUUCAUGUGUAAUAACUUCCCUACAGUAUAGGUAAUCCUUAAAAACCUAAUGAAAUUCAUUGACCUAGAAAUAAAAGUACUUCAUAAUGGUAUUACCAUAUUAUAGGUGUACCACAUUAUUUAAUUGUAAAAACUAUUUAGGUAUGUAUAAUACCUUUAGGUACUUAUACGAGAUGGUUUGGGCAUUUACAAAGAAUUCUUAUUUGUUAACUAUGUCGUUUUGCAAUGAUUGUUUUGUUAUGUUGAUGAUGAAUAUUUGUGCGUGUGAUUUUAAUGUUAUGUUCAAAAUAUUGGACAAUUUUUGCUGUGGUUCUUAGCCCUUUUGUCAUUGGUUUAUUUAAUAUGCAUAUAGUCAAGAAAAUUCCAGAAAUUUUGUACGGGUUGUUAGAACGUCGAUCAAUUAUAAAUGGGUCAUAUUUAUUAUAUUUUUGGGGUUUAUUAUAUUUGUAUGAGUAAUACAUUUUUUUUUCUAUAUAUUUUUGUGAUAUUAUUUUUUGUAACUCACCAAAUUGUAGUUAAUUAUAAUUAACCUUAUAGUAGUUUUACGUAUUCGUUCAUGAAAAAUUGUUUCUUUUUCUUGAUGUGACUAAUUUAUAGAUGACGGGGUAACUUAACAACCCUGCCACGUGUAUUAUUUGUUUAAGACUGAUUAUAUGUAGUAAUUUGUUUCAAAGAUUUUUGAAGGUGUAAAUUUUUCUCAUACGUUACAGCUGUUUAGUCUUUAAGUUUUUGAAUGUUAUGUUACUCUUACCAUUGAACGCAAGAAUAAAUAUAGAUACUUAUUAUAA